AUGAUAUGGAAAAGUUUAAAGAUAGCCACCUGGAACGUUCGCGGACUGCUAGAAGCCGGAAAGUUCGCCAUAGUAGAGAAAGAAAUAAGCAGUCAUAGCAUAGUGGGCUUAGCAGAAACGCAUUGGAAGGGCUCAGGACACUUCAUAUCCAGAAACAAUAACAUCGUUUUUUAUUCAGGCAACGAGGACACAUCUAGAAACGGCGUGGCCAUAGUAGUAAACAGGACACUUGAAUACUCCAUAACAGAAUACAGAGCAAUCAAUGAUAGAAUCAUCUUGAUCAGAUUUAACGCGCGUCCUGUGAAGCUGAAUAUUGUACAAGUGUAUUUUCCAACCAGCGAAGCACCAGAUGAUGAGGUAGAAGAAUGCUACGCCCAAUUAGAACAGCUACUAGAGACUCUACCAAAUCGAGAAAUCACGAUGCUAAUAGGCGACUAUAAUGCCAAAGUUGGAAGAGAACCUGCAGAUGAACAUUUAAACAAAAUUAUCGGCAAAUACGGUCUGGGAAAAAGAAAUGUGAGAGGAGAAAGACUGCUGCAAUUCUGCACUGAGAACAACUUUUUCAUCACAAACACGGGAUACGAACAUCAUCCAAGACGACUAUACACCUGGACCUCACCUGGAGGCCUACAUAAAAACCAGAUAGACUACAUCUUAGUAAAAUCCAGAUGGAGGACUUCAGUAAGGAAUACCAGGACUUACCCAGGAAAGGACUGUCACAGUGACCAUCAGUUUCUCGCAGGAGAGCUCCGCAUAAAAUUAAGCAGAUCGCAGCCUAAUAAAACCUUUAGGAAUUGGUCGGGCCUUAAACAUAAUGAAAAUUUCAGAUCAAAGGCUAAAGCAGAAAUCUCCAAAAUAAAUUCACAUACGCAAUCAGACGAUGACUCUAACUCAUUGUGGAACAAAACAAAAACUGCACUGCUAAAAGUGGCAUCACAAACUGAAGCUGCUGUGAAACAGAAGAGGAAAGCAUGGAUUGCAGAAGAAACCUGGAAGAAGAUUGAAUCGCUGAAACAACUCAAGGCCACGGGCUUACACAGACAUGAAGAUAGAGAACAAUAUAGCAGGCUCAACCUAGAUAUCAAACACCAGUGUAGAAAAGACAAAAACAAGUACCUAAACGAUAUAUGCGCCGAAGCUGAGCAACAUUCGCACAACAACGAAUCAAAAGACCUGUUUAACAAAAUCAAGCACAUUACACGCACGUUCAACUCAAAAUCCUGGGCGAUAAGAUCCGAAGCUGGUAAAUUAAUAACAGACAAAGCAGAGAUAAAGGAAAGAUGGAAGAACUACUGUGAGAAAUUGAUGGAAGACACUGGAAACUCAAACAAUGACACAGAAAAAAGCACAUACAAUGGAAAAGAACCUCCCAUACUGAAAGAAGAAGUAAGGACAGCAAUUACCAAGCUGAAGUCCAACAAGUCGCCUGGAGAGGAUGGCAUUGUUGCUGAAAUGCUAACUGCACUUGAGGAAACAGGAAUGGAAUUGUUUCAUAGGAUCUGUCAAAUGAUAUGGGACACCGGUAUUUGGCCCGAUGAUUGGACGAAAUCGGUCUAUGUGCCAAUACACAAGAAGGGACCGAAGGACAUCUGCGAUAAUUAUAGGACAAUAGCUCUAAUCUCACACGCUAGCAAGAGCAAGCCGGCUUUAUCCCGGGACGCGGAACUAGAGAGCAGAUACUAA